UCUCUCAAAUGGAUGCACAAUCAGUUGUUUCUGAGGAGCUGUAUGCUAUGUCAACAAUAUCUAGACCUUGAAAAGGGUGAAUGGAUCAAACUCACUCAGUUCAUUGCAGACAACAAGACUGAGCUUGUCCAUGCCCAUUCAAAGCUUACAUUCACAGAAAAAAGAGCCUACAAUAUGCAGGUCCUUGAAGCCUAUCAGCAGAGAAAUCAAAUCACACGUGCAAAUCCAAAGGCUACUAACCAUAAUGUCAAUGGAUCACAAAGUAAGUUUUCACACAUUUGGAUGGCUCUUUGCGCUCAUACCAGUGUAGAGGGUUUCUAUGUAGCAGUUCAAGGCAGUAUUGAAGAUCUUUCUGAACCCAAGGUU